CAAUGGCGAGCUUUCUAGAAGCACAGUUUGGUGAAUAAUUGAUUUUAAUUUCAAUAUAGAGCAGCUGCAGAUUGCACUUCAUUUUUACCUGAUACUGAAACAGUCAACCAGUGAAGAUGGCGUGGUUGACUCGAUUUCUCACGGCGGUGGCGUUUUUGGCGAUCGGCGUUGUUUUUUCGCCGGAAACAUUCGGAUCUAAGUCAGACGGCCAGCACUCGCACUUGCUCCUCUCCUCGCUGAAAUUGGCGCACCUUCUCUGCUUCUCUACCGCCUGGGGCGCCGCUCUCUGGGUGACAUUCAUCGGCGGCAUUAUUAUGUUCAAGAAUCUGCCUAGGCAUCAGUUUGGGAACCUACAGAGCAAGAUGUUUCCAGCAUACUUUUCCAUGGUGGGAGUGUGCUGUGCAGUGGCAGUAGGGUCUUUUGGAUACUUGCACCCAUGGAAGACAUCGGGGUCGACUGAGAAGUACCAGCUCGGCUUCCUGGUUGCUGCAUUUGCUUUCAAUCUGAGCAAUCUUGUUAUCUUUACGCCCAUGACCAUCGAGAUGAUGAAACAAAGGCACAAGAUCGAGAGAGAAGUAAAUAUUGGGGAGGAAGUUGGGUGGACGAAGAACCAAGAAGUUGCGAAGAAAAAUCCGAAGCUUGCAGCGAUGAACAAGAAGUUCGGGAUGAUCCAUGGAUUGUCUUCUCUUGCUAAUAUCUUCUCAUUUGGUAGCCUUGCCCUCCACUCAUGGUAUUUAGCUGGUAAACUCAAUCUGUAAAUCUGCUGCAUAUCCUCUUCACUGAGAAAAUUAUGCUUGGCUGUAUUUACAUGUAAUAUCAAUUAUAAUAUCUGCUCAUUAUAUCUUUUUCCAAAGAAAUAGUACUAUGUAGUAUUUUAGGACUAAACUUUGAAAAUAAUACAUUUCCAUUCUGUUGUUUGGGAAGUUGGAACUGCUCUUUAUGGGCAUGCUUUGUGUUUCGGAGCCGCCCCAUUGGUUGUUCUAGCAUCUGUUUGUAUUAAGCAAUUUUAUAAGGUGUAUAAAAUACUAAACUUUUAAUUGGUUUGA